AUGCCAUCUGAAAUGAUCUCAAACAUCUACUUUGAGGGUUACGGGGACGGCACCGAGAAAGACGCAGGGGGCCGCGUGACGGUGACGAACGUCUUGCUGUACAACCGCUGCUUCAACGGCAGUGAGAUUGCGGCACUGAUGAGGAGGAAAGAGGGCGGGAUGGUGACGGAAGUGGAGAAACUGCCCCCGCCCGCAGCACCCCCCACCAGCGACCCGGCGGGUUCAAUGCACGGCACGACUGGCAGUUCCGCACGAGAAGAUGCUGGACCACGCGAUGCACCGGCGCCAGGCCUGAACAACGCCUCCGUCCCACAUGACAAGAGGGUUGCGGAGGCAGCGCCAAAGGAGGUUGGUGGCGGCGACAGUUCUGUGCGUGGGCGUCUGUCUGGGGUGCUGUUGUCGUUCCUGCUGGGGCUGUGGGGCUUUUCGUCGCGCGCGUGA